CGUUUGCUUUAAUAUUCCUCACCGUUGUGUGCCCGCAUAGAUAAACUUAAUUGCAGUCUUCAUUUACUCACCGCAAGAAAUGACCAGAAAGCGGCUUUAAUUGGAUUUAUGGGCUACAAACAGGCGGUGAACAGAAUGGCCCGCAGCCUCUCAGCUGCACCGGCUUUCUGCAUGUGGAUAUGAAAUGACAGGCUACAGAUGGUCCUUAUUUUUUUUCCUUCUCUCUUUGGGGGCCAAAUUCAAAUCUGUGAUCCAUUACGCAUCACAGAUUUUGUGAGGAGUUGAUGGUGGUUUUCUUCAGUGAUUUCGUGGCGUUAACCUGCGAAACCUGCGAAAAUGGACCCGGCGAAGAAAGAUGCCCUCCCUGGGGGCGAUGCAGGCAAAUCAGACACCCUCGGGUCAACUGGCUCGGUCAGAAAAAGAGGAGGGGGCGCCAAGAAGGCGAUGCAGGCAAACAAGUCUGCCCUCAGGGCCCCCCGAGCUCUUUGCUGCCUCACCCUUAGCAACCCCAUCCGGAUGGCAGCGCUGGCCCUGGUGGAGUGGAAAUAUCCUUUUCUCUGAGAGGGUUGCAGUGUUUUUCUCUGCACAUGUGGUGUGUUUUGGUUUGUGUAUGUUUAAUCCUGCAUAUGAUGCACAUUUAUUAAUAAUCAUUUGGUUCAUAUAUUUUCCUGGAGAGAUACGUUCACAAGGCCCGCUCUUGCCUUAACUAGAGUCUGC